AUGAAACGCACAGCAGCAAGCAGCAGUAGCAGCAGUCUCGCCAGCUGCAGCGAUAGUCAGGCUCCGCCUCAAAAGGUCCAGUGUCUUGACAGCAGCAAAAACAUUAGCGGCAACGACAGUCUCAGCAGCGGUGACAACAUCAGCAACAACGACAACAACAGCGUCAUCAGUAGCAGCAAUAUCAGCAACAGUGGCAACGUAGGCCGUCAGGCAUCUGCUGUCGAUGCGAGCUGUCCAGGUUCUUUUGCAGCAGCCUCCGCAGCACCCACUGCGGCUGCUCGCGGAACCAACAGCAGCAGCAAAGGAAAGGGUGUGGCCCCUAAGGGCGGAAAGCAGCUCAAUCCUGCCCGCUUUACGGAUAGCUACGCACUGCAGUUUCCAAACGCCUUGUCGGCAAAGGCGAUUGUGUGGGCCCGAGAUCCCGUUUCUCUCCACUGGAGACCUUGCAAGAUCAUACACGCCAGGCCAAACGCCGAACGUCGCGCUGCAGCAGCAGCCGCAGGCAUUCCCUCGAGCUUCGGAGCCGCAGCACGGAAAAGGGGGCCCUUUGGGCUUCGAGGCGCUGCUGCUGCUGCUGCCGCGGCUGCCGCUGUGCACACAUCUGAGCAGCAGCAGCAGCAGCAGCAGCUCUUAAUCGACGGAAACGUAACAGGAGAGCCAACAGCGACAAACAGCAACAGUAGCAACGGCAGCAGCUGGUUGGAGGGCAGUGGAUUUUUUGAAGCAGCAACGACCCUUGGUCCGAGCGACUACGACUACUAUGUUCAUUUUCUCGGUUUGGACCGCCGGUUGGAUUGUUGGCGAAGCUGGUCCGAGCUCAGGGAAACUCGCGAGGAACUGCCGUCAGACGAGCCCAUGACAGAAGAAGAGGAGCCAGAUGAAGAUGACGAACAUGCAGGUUUGGACGAGGAGUAUCUCCGAGAGCACGAAGAAGCCACAAAGCUGAAAACCGUUGAAAGAAUAUCUAUUGGGUCUCAUCUAGUGGACUGCUGGUACUUUUCUCCCUACCCAGCGGAGGUGCAAGACGUCCCGGUCCUCUUCAUUUGCGAGUUCUGCCUCUCCUUCUUCGUGCAUGAGAGCGAAUUGCAGCGCCACGCGCUCUUGUGUGAAUGCAAACAUCCUCCAGGAAAUGAGAUCUACAGAGAUGACCGGGUUUCUAUGUUUGAAGUGGAUGGCACGCAUUGUCGGGUAUAUUGCGAAAACCUCUGCUUCCUCUCCAAGCUUUUCUUGGAUCACAAAACCCUAAGGUCUGCUGCAGCACCUCUUCGUCUUUCUUGUGCUGCUGGUAUUGCUGCUCGUGCGGCUAUUCGUGCUCUUGUUUUGCUACCGGCUGAUAGAGGAUUUCUGACGAGCUACUUCUUUCCCGCUGCCGCGUCCAUGUUGUUGAUGCAGCACCAACGGAAAGGCUACGGGAAGUUUCUUAUUAGUUUUAGUUAUUCUCUUUCAAAAAGGGAGAGGAGGGCGGGGGGUCCAGAAAGGCCUCUUUCCGACUUGGGUCGUGCAACCUAUUUUGCUUACUGGACAGAGCAGCUCCUCGCGCUGCUGCAACCACCUCGAAAUCGGGUUUCUCUCCAGGAGUUAUCGGAAGCGACCUCAAUCGAGUUCCAGGAUGUCGUGGCGUGCCUUGAGAAGCAGGGCGUAUUGCAGAUCAAAGGAGAUUGCUGCUUCCUUCUCUUGCCUCCGGCAAAGACGAAGGCACUUCGCGAAGCGAUCGGCAGGCCCUCUCGAGAAGUUGUCCAGGAUGCGUUGCAUUGGGUACCGUAUGAUUAUUAUUUGGCGCCCCUAGAGGUAGCGCCGCAACAAUAG